AAGAGGAGGAAGAAGAGGAAGAGGAGGCGAUGAUGUAAGCAGAAGCUGCAGAGAUGCUAGCAGCCGAGUGACAGAGGAACCCAAAGUGACGGAGCCCACCAGCAUCUCCAGGCUGGCAGAGAGGCAGCAGCACACACACCCUGACACACACACACACACCAAUACACACACACUGUAAGCUGCAGUGGAGCUAGCUUCUGAUAGCCUUAUAGCAUGCUGCACAGGAGGCUGAUCAGCACAAACAACGAUGAGGCGAACGAAGCUUCCUGCUGCAUGGUGCAGAUGUAGGAAGGAUCAGGCUGACAUUUAGCUGGAGGAGGGCGAGGAUCCAGCGGCUGUUGGUUAUGUCAAAACGAGGAAUAGCAGGGCGAGGAAAGGGAGAGCGACCGGACGCCAUGGCAACCCUUCAAGCGGCCAAUGAGGAACUGAGAGCAAAACUGACAGAGAUUCAGAUCGAACUCCAACAGGAGAAAAAUAAGGUGAGCCGCCUGGAGAGAGAGAAGAGUCAGGAGUUGAAGGCGGAGCAUAACCGUGCAACGGUCACCCUAACGGAGCUGAAGACCAAACUCCAUGAAGAGAAGCAGAAGGAGCUGGCGCUCACCAGGGAGACGCUGCUACGGCAACAUGAGAUGGAGCUGAUGAGGGUCAUUAAGAUUAAAGAUGGAGAAAUCCAACGUCUGAAUGGACUCGUACAAAACCUGCGAGACGGAUCAACGGACAAGGUCAGAAGCGCCUUGAUGGGGGAGAUGGAGGAGGGAAGGAGGAGCUGGGAGAUGGAGCGCUGUCGCCUCCAGCAGGAGGUGCAGGAACUGCGGGGAGCAAAAAAACAUGCAGAGGAGACCUUGGCACUGGCUCAGCAGGCCUGCCAGGCCAGAGCAGCCGAGCUCCGAUCGGCACAUCACCAGCACCAGGAGGAGCUCCACAGAACCAAGAGAGACUGUGAGAGGGAGAUCCGGCGACUGAUGGAUGAGAUAAAGCUGAAGGACAGAGCAGUCAGUGUUUUGGAUAAAGCUCUGGGGCUGCAGGCUGGCCACGCCCACCGCCUCCAGUUGCAGACUCAGGCUGCUGAACAACAAAUUGCUGCUCUGAGAGACGCACAGAGGGCGGGGCUAAACCAUCCUGCUAACUCCACCCCUAACAAUGCUCCUUUCUUUUCUCAAGAUGAUCGAGACACUCGCAGGUUUCAGCUGAAGAUCGCUGAGCUCAGCGCAGUUGUUAGGAAACUGGAAGAUCGAAACUCUCUGCUGUCUGAAGAGCGAAAUGAACUGCUGAAACGUCUGAGAGAAACAGAGAGUCAGUUUCUUCCCCUUCUGGAUAAAAACAAACGUUUGAGCAGGAAGAACGAAGAGCUGGCUCUCGCCCUGCGUCGCCUUGAUAACAAACUUCGCUUUGUGACGCAAGAGAACUUGGAAAUGACAACUAUGAGGAGACCCAGCUCCCUCAACGAUCUGGACCGGAGUCACUCCUCAAGUUAUCAUGGCUACCACCAGGAUGAGCGCGAGAUGGAGUUUCUACGGCUACAAGUGGUGGAGCAGCAACACGUCAUCGAUGACCUCUCCAAGGCUCUGGAGACGGCAGGUUAUGUGAAGAAUGUCAUUGAGCGGGACUUGUUACUGAGGUACCGACGUCAGGAACCGGUGAAGAGGAGGAGAACCUUCAGAGCCUGCAGGGUCAUAGAGACAUUUUAUGGUUAUGAUGAAGAGGCAUCGAUGGAUUCUGACGGGUCGUCUUUGUCCUUCCACACUGACAGAACUCCAGAUACGGAACCUGACGAGACUUGUGUUCGUGAGGAGGCAGAGCUUCGCUACCGGCAGCUUACGCAGGAGUACCAGGCACUGCAACGGGCGUACGCGCUUCUGGCCGAGACAUGCGGAGGAAACUACGACGCUGAGAAGGAGAUCAAGACCAGAGAACAGCUGCUGAAUGAAAUCAGUCGAUAUCAGAGCAAAGUGACAGAUCUGGAAUCAGCACUGAAGCAUCAAGGAUUGGACAUGAAGUGGGUGGAGGAGAAGCAGGCGCUGUAUCAGAGGAACCAGGAGCUGGUGGAGAAGGUGGUGCAAAUGGAAGGUGAGGCGCUGCGACUGAACAACGACAUUCAGGACAUCAGAGACCAAAAUGAGUUGCUGGAGUUCAGGAUCUUGGAGUUGGAGGAGAGGGAGCGCCGUUCACCCGGCAUUAACUUCAAACAACUGCACUUCCCAGAAGGUCUCAGUCCUCUUCAGAUCUACUGUGAGGCCGAAGGGGUCUCUCAGGACAUUGUCAUCAGCGAGGUGCUGAAGAAGUUGGACAUCCUGGGGGAUAACGCCGUAAGUAAUUUGUCCAAUGACGAGCAGGUGACCGUGAUCCAUGCAAGGACGGUGCUCACUCUGGCAGAAAAGUGGUUGGAGUCCAUCGAAGUGACCAAGUCGACUCUACAGCAGAAAAUGUUGGACAUCGAGAACGAGAAGGAUCUCUUCAGAAAACAGAAAGGUUACCUGGAUGAAGAGCUGGACUUCAGGAAGCAGUCCAUGGAUCAGGCCCAUAAGAGAAUCUUGGAGCUGGAGGCCAUGUUGUUCGAGGCUCUGCAGCAGGAGGAGGCUUCCAGGACUCCAGGACUAAUGAAGGGAGAGAGUCGACUGUCUGACAUGUUGACAGAAGGAGAGAAAGAGGAGCUGAGGAGAGCCAUGGAUCAGUGGAAACGAUGUGUGAUGUGUGAGCUAAGAGAAAGAGAUGCCCAGAUCCUUCGAGAAAGGAUGGAACUGCUUCAGCUCACGCAGCAGAGGAACAAGGAGCUGGAGGAAUGUAUAGAAGCACAGAAACGACAGAUCAAAGAGCUGGAGGAGAAGCCCACUAGAGACCACCAGGUGGACACUCAGCAGUGCCGGCUCAGUCUGGACCAGAACCGGGACACUGUAGGACCUUGCAGCUCUGAAGCCAGUGAAACAAAGCACAUUCCACCCUUCUUGUUGUCAGUUGCUUUGUAACGACCACCUUCAGGUGGAAACAAAGCUGAGAUCAGGCCAGUGAUACCCGAACCCUAAAAACAUCUGGCUUUCAGCUGAGUGACACCUGCACAACUGCUUCUAGAGUCACUGAGGCGGAAUGCAACACCAUCCGUCUCAGAACCGAACGCUGAACAUAGAAAUGUCUUCACCACACGAGGAGGUCUGCUGAACAGAACCAGGAAGCCCAACUGAAACCCGGUUCAGACACUAACCUGCUGCGUCCAUAGGAGGCAGAGGUGAGUCGACUAACGUCCCGGCCGAGGCCAUGAGACGACCUGCAGAGACGAGGGAGAGAUUGCGAUGACCUUCAGAGUUCAGGUCAUCUGAUGCCUGGAAGUUUUUUAGAAAUGCAUGUUAGAACGCAACAUGCAUGCGUCUCCCACAUGGGGGCAGGUCUCAUCGAGACCCGAAGCAAAAACUUCCUGCCAGAGGACGCCGAGUUUCUUCACCAGGUGCUGGAGGCGGAUCCAACCUCCUCCGUGUUCAUAAGGAGAUCCGACUCCAAGUGGAAACUUUUAAAACCCAAAUAGUGUUUACUUCAUGGAAAAAUGUUCCUGGUUUUAUUCCUGUUCCUGAUGAUGGAAGAUAACUUUACUGCUUUCAGCUAAUUUAAUAAAACAGAUGAAGUUUUUAUUCUGCUACUGGAGAUAAUCUCAUUCAUCUGAAAUAAAAACAUUGAAUAUUUUGUACUUUUAAGUCAAUUUUUAAUUUUUUUAAAUUAAAGGCAUCCUUCUGAUCACCUUUCAUUUUGAAGUGAGCUGGCAGUUUGUGGUCAUCAUCAAAGUGUAGAAAGAGCAGAACUCAGUGUGGAUCCUGCUCAUCUUCAGUUCCAACAGUCUGGACUUUUAUGACCCCAGAUUCUAUUUUUCUAGCCCUGCUGUGAAACUGAAUUCAUCACUGAGAUUAAAAUGUUGCACAUGA